AUGAGUCAUAGCUCUAUGGAGUAAAGGGUAUGUGAAAUUAAUUUAUUUUUAGAAUGGAUAAUUGUUAGUAAUGACAAUAUAAAUAGAUGAUAAACGUAGUGGUAGAAUAGAUGUAUUUGAAGGAGAUGAUCCUGAAAUACUGGCAAGAGAUUUUUGCAUUAAAUAUAACUUAAAUUAAAGAGUGGCACCAUUACUUAUAGAUAAUAUUCAAAAACAAAUUUAGAUAGCUUAAAAAGAACGCAUAAAUAUGGUUCAAUAUGUAAGUAAUUGGAGUCUAACUUUUUAUUUAGUUAUCUCAAAAGAAGUAGAAUCAAAGACAAACUGAGUAAUUUAAUGAAAUACAAAAUUAGUAAUAAGGCUCUACUCCAAUUAUUGCAUAAUCUCAAUAAUCCCCAAUGAAAUAAGAAAGCAUGAGUUAAACUGUAUAUGACAGACUAUAUCAAGAUGCUCAUAAUAAAAAGUUAAAAAAACAAUUACAAUUAUCUGAAAACAAAUCUAGCAGUUAAAUUAUGAAAUCUUAAGAAUCAGAAGUUAAUUAUGGUUUAAUUCUAUAUUAAAAAGGAAUUCAAAAAAAAGAAGAGAAAUUACAAAAAGCAGAAAGUGCAAGAAAAGAUAUACAAAAAUCUUAACUUUAAGAAUGUACUCACAAACCUUAAAUUAAUUCUCUUUCAUCUAAAAUAGCUUAACGUUCUCCUAAACCAGUUGGUGAACAUUUAAAUGAAUUAGCAAAAAUAAUAUAAGAAAAAAGAGAAAAUGCUUAAAAUUUUAAAAUGGAAAUGGAAUAAUAAAGUUGUUCUUUUCAUCCUUAAAUUAAUAGAGUGUAAUAUAUUCUAAUUAUAUUAUUAUAAGUUCCUCUUCAAUAGUUGAUGAGAAAAAGAAAUAAUCUUAAAUAGCAAUACCUCAUUAUGAAUCAUUAUAUUAAGAUAUGGAUGUGAAAUAACAAAAAUUAAAUGAAUUAGAUAGAAAUUAUUUUGCUUAAAAACAUACAUUUCAUCCUAAAAUUGAUUAAAUAUCUGAAUAAUUAGUUUAAGGUUUAAGUUUUGAAGAAAGAAGAUAAAAAUUUAGAAAUAAAUCAAAAGAAAGAAAUUCAAGUGCAGAUGAAGGAAAUAUGUUUAGACCAAGAACAGGUAGACCACCUGAAUAAAGACCAGAAAAUUUAUUUGAUAAUCUAUAUAAAGAUGCAUAAUUAUUAGCAUAAAAAAGAGCAGCUGUUUUAUCUUUUAGUAGGGAAAAAAUUAUGAAUUAAUCUAGAGUUAGAGCCAGUUAGAAAUCUGAAUUCUUAACACAAUAAGCUAUUAUAAAUUCUCUUGCCAAUAUUUUUGAUUAGAUUGAUACUGAUAAUGAUGGUGAAAUUGAUGCUAUUAGAAUAAAUCUAGGAAAUCUUAAUUAAACUGUUAUUUAAAUACUUUAACCUUUAAUUUCUGAGAUGGAAGAAGGUAGACAUGUACUUACUAAAAGUGAAUUCAUUGAAUCAGCUAUGAGAUUAGUAUAUACUCUUUCAAAUAAAGAAAAACAUGAUUUAUUAAAAAAACCAAACUCAAAAAAAUCUGAUAUUCCUAUUUAUACUUUUAAUGUGUAACAUUUUCAUUAAUUUUUAGCCAUCAAUCAAUUCAAGACCUUAAAAAAAUUCUAGAUCAAAAAAUAGAUGA